AUGAGCACGCUUUACACGUUAGCCGAAGUGAAGAAGCACAACGACAACAAGAGUACAUGGAUCGUCAUUCACAACAAUAUUUACGAUGUGACUGCCUUCCUGAAUGAGCAUCCCGGGGGCGAAGAAGUGCUGUUGGAGCAGGCCGGUCGGGAGGCGAGCGAAGCCUUCGAGGACGUAGGCCACUCGAACGAUGCCAGGGAAUUGAUGGUGAAAUACAAAAUCGGGGAGCUGGUGGAGGCCGAACGCACCGCCGUCAGGACUAAAAACGUCGAUUGGGGCGUUUCGUCCAACUCCGAAAACGCAUCACAAAAUUCGUUUAAAUCGUGGAUAAUUCCGAUCGCCUUAGGAGUUCUCGCCACUAUCUUGUACCGUACGUAUUUCCAAUCCUGA